AACGGAAGACUUUUUCUCUGUCCUACCACAGCUACGCAGAUGAUAAACACCUGACUUCUCCUUGGUCUGAUACCCAGGUUUGCACGCAUCUCUGCGUGUCUGGUGACAUCUCUCAGUGGAUGUCUGCACACCACCUGAAGCUCAAUCUAAACGAAACAGAACUGCUCUUCAUCCCUGUUAAGGACUCUCCCAUCUAUGACCUUUCUAUCAACAUCGGCACCUCUGUUGUUUCCCAGAGAAGGCAACGCAUAUUGUGGCCUAGGCUCUUUUCAUCUCACAUCGCAACUAUUGCAACUCCCUCUUGGCUGGAUAAAAAGCUUUGGAAAAAAGUUUAAGCUAAAUUAAAUGUAAUGUAAUCUAACUAUUGUGUUAGAGGCUUUAGAUUAUCCGAUUCUGAGGGGUAUUAUCGUACAAUGAGACGAGUGCAGACUAAAACAAACUACUAGUGAAAGCGGCACAAAAUGUUAAGCUAAUUGACGAUUCCAAUUUACUGUACAUCAAGUAUUAACCCAUGUUAUGCACUAUUUGCUACUUUGGAAAAAAAAAUGUAAUGCAUUUUUUUCCUAUUUUGGCAGUAAUGGAAGAUUUGGACGCAGGCUCAUUGAACUGGUCUGACGCGGGCUAGGAGCACGUUGUGGAUAUACGAAGAAAUCAGCUGAUCCACCUUGUGACCGAUGUGGAAUCAGUUUUGGAUGAGCUAUUUACCAAGGGGGUGAUUCGUCAGGAAAGUUAUGAUAAAAUCUGCACUCUCCCGACCUCGGAGGAGAAGAUGAAAGAGCUCUUGGAUGGUCAUCUAAAAUCUGAAGAAGACAAAGACAUCUUCUACGACAUUGUUGAGAAAUGGAUACCAGUAAUACAAGCACAGGGUCCAAGAUUGGAUUCGCAGUCAGAGAGUGUUGACAAACUCAGCAGUGGAGGACCUCCAAAGUUUGUCAAAGCAAGAACAACUAAAAUAAAGAUGCCGACCGUAGUUCAAGUACCUGAGGUUCACUGGAUUACACUCAAACCUGAAGUGAUCUGUGGGGAUGAUGAGGAUACUCCAAUUUACAGCCUACAGUCUGAUGCAGGUCCCUUUGAGUGUGGUGUCUCUGGACUGCGCUGGGUUUGUAAGGAAAAGGUCAGCUUGAAGUACCAGUUUGGCUCUUGGGAGGAACACAUGGAGAGGAUGGAAGCUCUGCACUUCAUUCCUGGAGGUCCCCUUCUUGACGUUACUGUCAUUGCUGGAAAGUUGGAGGAAGCGUAUCUGCCUCACUGGAUCUGCACAGAAGACAACCCUGAAGUCUUAGGCAAGUUCUCAGUCCUGCACAUAGAUACCUGUGGAGACGUCGUGGAGCCAGUGUCCGAGGUUACACCAUCCCAUGUCAAGUUGUCUCAGCCGCAUUUCUCUCCAAGAGGAGUCCUGAUGAGAGCUGGCUUUCGGAUAAAAAUCAACUGUAAAGUGUUAAUAUUCAAGACCAACCUGGCAUUCCUCACACUACAUGUGUAUCUGAUCCCUAGUGAUCCUGCUCUGCAACAGACAAUAAAAAGCAAGGAAUUAUCCAGUGGAUACAACAUGAUCAAAAAGCCAUACCCACAGAAGUCCCUGAAAAUGGGCAAAUAUUUCGCCCUCAAGGCCAACAUGGACAGUGCAGAAAUUACUCCUGAGAAUCUAAAGCUUGAAUAUGUAGGAAGUGACCCAAACUUUUUUGAAGUGUUCAUUGAAAAUCCAGACAGUAAUUUCCAGCUCGUACUCACCCAUACAUCUGGACAGGUGUGGACCUGUAUCAUUCGAAAAGAUGACUAUAAAAACACUGGUGAUAUUCAGAGGAUGUACGAAGAGGAGCUUGCCAGACUGAGGCCUGAACUUGUGCGGAACAUGUCCAGAGAACUGAUCAAUCAGCUGCUGGAUGACCUUUUAAUGGAUGGAGUGUUGAAUGACGGGGAGAAAGACUCUGUUCUUCAGGAGAACGACACCAGGGCAGACAGGGCCCGCUGCCUCAUUGACAUGGUGAAGAGGAAAGGGUGUGAAGCGAGCAGGAAGAUCAUUUGUCACAUUCAAAGCAGAGAUCCUACACUGUCUGCUGAUCUGGGUCUGCCUGUUUAACCAGGUGAACCUUACGCACAUCAAACGUGUAGUGCGCUGCGAAAUGUAAUUUUGAACAAUAAUCUGAUAACAGGUAUUCUUUUUUUAGUGUUCCUGCAGUGUUUAAGAAGAGGCGCAGAAUUUGAAAGUGUCCUUAUUAAUUCUGCAUUGAAAGCCAUAUCAAGUGAAUGACACUCUUUAUGUUUUUAUUGUUUGUAUGUCAAAUUAACACAAAGCACUUAAUCAAAGCCGUACUAAUAAUAUUCUUUCAUAUUAACAAUGGAUACAAUCAUGUAAAUACCCCCAAUUUCCAGUUAAUACUGCUUUCAAAUUUGCUGUUUAUACACUUAUAACAACCCAAAUAUUUUCAGAUCAAGGUCCCUGAAGCCAAAUCUUAACAUGAGGGUCAGAAUUAUUUUGGUUUAGGGCUACAGGAAGGGUAUCAAAGGCCAUGUUUUAUUGAGUGUAGGUAAACCUGUCAUCGAUGCUUAAAGUGUUUUCAGUUAAAAAAGCUGGUCAUCUAUAGUUAGCUUGCUACCAGCUACUACUAUUCACCAUAUGAAGCUGUUGAAUAGUAUCAUCUGUGAUUCUGAGCUUUCCAAACCUGCAUAAAUAUACCCUGGUAAUCUCCUCAGGGUAUUCUCAGGCAUGCACAUUCAUAACAUAGUUUAUAAAUGUAUAUUUUUUUACUAGUUUGCUUUUAAAACUCGGAGUGUGCAGUCUGGAACAUUUAUCACAAUGGGAAAGUACAAUGACAGAUGCUAUCAAAUUGCAUUGUGGGAAAUGUAGUUUGAAUUGAUUUUGGAGUUAGGCCUACACUCUGGAUUGAGUAAGGUUUCUUGCUCUUACCUGAACAGAGAAGUAACUCGCUACUGAUUGGUUAUGGCAAAACUGAACAAACAAAAACUCCCAACCACAAAUUGUCUCACCUUAUCGUUGAAAAAACACAAUGAUCAUCUUGAAAUGGUUUCCAAGGUUACAACAGUAUGUGCCUACCUUUCAAAGACUGAGGAAUCCAAAUCUGACCUUAACUGCCUCCCCCAAAUACCCCUGUCCAACAUGGCUAGAAUACUUUAAAAUAUAUAGCCUUUUAAAUCUAAAUAUUAGAUUCUUUGUGGUCCUGGGUAAUUGAUAAAGUAACAGGUGUUUAGCUUCUGAAUCAGAAUACCUUUAUUCGUAAGUAGUCUUUUAAAUGUAAUAGGUUAAUGAGUAAGAUUUGAAUUUACUACAUUGAUAAUUGAUGAAUACGUGAUAAAGUUUGUUAGGAUUAAA